AUGAUAGAACGAGGAUUGAUUCCACCAGCAGCAAAAAUUACCUUUCAGAAUCCACCUAUUAUACCCAGAGCGGCUCCUCUGCAUCGGUUUCAUGAAGGACGUAAGAUUUUGGCUACCGCCCCGUUUGCUGCACCCCAGAGAACAGAGUCAAUUCCAGAGGAAAUGAAGCCUGUCUCUCUCAAGAGACAGAGAUCAAAGUGGAAAGGCAGAAAGUCAAGAGGAUAUCAUGAUAAGAAGGCCGUGAAAGUGACAGCACCUUCUAAGACCCAGAGAUCACUGUGGGAUUAUGACUUUUUUAUUUACAAUGGCGUUGUAGACAAGACAGCCCCGGACUUCUUAGCUUUCAAGGAGCAUUUCAGUUUGUCUUGGGGAAGUAUUUUUUCUCUCUUGGAACACAUCGAGAAGUUUCUCAAGGACUAUGCGAUACCAGAAGUCAAAAUAAAAGCUAACAGUUUAGUAACGCUCCUUCCAGAGUUUGAGCUGAAGAAUAAACUUACCAGAUACGACCUUCUCUCAGUGUUCGAGAACCCAUUUGACAUCCAAAUGAUGUUAAAUCUUCCAGGACAGAGGUACAAGGGCCAGGAUGGAAGGACAGAGGCUGUCGUGAAGAUCCAAGCCACGUGGAAAUGCUACAAAGCAAGAAGACAUUUCCUGUCUUAUCGCCGGCAGAAGUGGGCAUCAGGUGUCAUCGCCAUCGCGUGGCUCUUACAUUGCCAUAAGACCCGGCUCAGGAAGCUUCUGAAGGAAUCACGUGAAAGACACCUGGAGAAUUUCCGCAUCCGAGCCAAGCAUCUGGCAGCCAACUGGAAUCGCAUCAGGACCUCCAGGAGGACUAUUAUCCAUAUCCCAUCAUUAGGUUAUUCCCAGCCUGUGCGACAAAAUAUUGCCGAUUUCAACACACAGCAGAACACGCAGCUGGGGAGGCUGUGUGACAUCUUAGAUGCCAAAGUGAGCGUCAUCUACAUCUGCUCCCAUCGAAUGAAUGACGAGUUACUGCUGUAUUACAAUAAAAUCCUGAGUCUACAGGCAGCUGUCAAAUCGGGGAACCUUGAGGACAGAAGUGACCUGCGGGACAGGUUCAAAAUUAUCACCCCUGAAGCUAUAAACAUCUUCACUAUAAUAGAACAGGUGAGCCAGCUGGUCAUCGAUCACCUGGAAAUCCAACGCUGGCUCUUUAAAGCGGACUAUGAGUUUGGAGGAAAUGGGACUGCGUUUUGUGACAUUCCCUCCCACCUAAAGUGCUACAGCUGGGUCCUAAAGGAGAGUCAGAGAUACAGUCGUGAAGACUGGAGAAAGAAAUGGGCACAAGAGCCAGCUUUGGUGAAGAUCUCCGAGGAGCUGGCGGGCAUUUUAGCACAGCACGCACAGCCAGUCAAUGAGAAACGGUUCCCAACAUGGAGGAAAUUCCUGCAAACAUUUCUCAGUCAAGGAGGUGUGAUUGAAGCGUACCCACCUUCGGAGAGUAUUACCAACGUGACGGUGGACAUGCUGAUAGAACCCAAUGGAGAAAUCAGGCUGCUGUCAACAGGGGACCAGUUUCAUGCUGAAGGCCCAUUCAUCUCCUCCGGGACCACCAUGCCUCAGACCUCAGUGGAUCCCCAAGUUCUCAGUUCUUUGUGCCUUCAAAUUGGAAAGGCUUGUAAAAUGAAAAACGUGAUUGGUCACUUUUCCAUAGACCUGGUGACUUUUAUUGAUCCAAGCACCAUGGAGCAGCAGGUGUGGGCAACAGGCCUCAAUCUCUCGUACAGUGACCAGCUAGCCCUGACUCAGCUCACCUUAUACUUGACCAAUGGCCACCUGGAUUGCAGUUUGAGCACCCUCGAAGUGCCCCGCUUUGCUCCCAAGAAAGACAAGAAAAUGAACAACCUAAAUGUUCAGAAAGUGCCGUCACAGGCAACCAGUCGCUAUGCGGUGAUGAGCACCCAGCUGAGGCAUGACAGUCUCGCUCUGGUUUUCCACUAUGUUUUUCUCCAAAUGUGUAAGGCUCAUGGCAUCGGCUAUAAUAUUGAGGACAGACAAGGAACUAUCUUUAUAUUAUUCGAAAACUUGAAGAGAGACAGGUUGGGAAUGUUAACAAUCGGUGAGGAUCUCCAGGGGGUCCUCAUGACCUUUGCUCGCAAUCUCUUCAUCAUCCAUCAAGAAAUAUCAGCACCUAAUAUGCAAGGCGAGACCAAUUUUAAGACUACCAUUGACGACCUUGAAGCCAUUCUGGGAGUAACAGAGGAAAACAAGUUGAGAUUUGAAGAAAACCUACAGUCCAAACAUUAA